AUGAAGGAGCCCGGAACAGCCUACGACGAUCCUCGUUUCGGCAAGGACCGGCAGGUGGCUCACAUGAAGCAAUUCAAGACAAUAUCUGAGAAUAACGGAGGAGUGCACAUCUUUGGAGGAGUCCCGAACCGAGCCUUUUUAUCUGGCUUCCAACGCAUUUGGCGGUUACUCUUGGGAGACGGCUGGCAAGAUCUGGUGGGCGGCCAUGAGGUCAAGCAAGAUGCAUCCACGUUGUACGUUUAA